AUACCCCACCCCCAAAUCCAAUUGGUUGAGACUUGAGAAUCGGCAAUAAAACCCUAAAGCCCGACCUCGUCUUUCUCGCGACGACGUCGAUCUUCAGAAUUCACAAAACUGCUUGGGCUUGACAGAUAAGGUUGCCCGUCCUACCCGCCGGUAUUCAGUGAUUCGAAGAGUUGAAUGAGAUUGAUGCUAUGUGAUUCCCAAAUUUGAAAGUUGCGGCAGUUUUGAUGUUCGUCUGAGUGAACUGGGGGAGUGAGAGCGACGAGUUUUGAAUAUAUAUAUGGUUUGAAUGUAUAGGGAGUUCUUAGAAAUGGGUGGAUACUGGGAGGGGUUGCUACAGGUUCGAAAGGGCAUCGGAGGUUGAUGGAGAACUGCAGAGGACAAGAAGAGUUCUUCAUUGGUUGCUUGGGAAACGGAGAGGAGAAAAAAAUUAUGGGAAUUGUCUUUAUUUUCUCUGUCUGCCCGCGUUGUAAAUAUUGAAAUGUUGCUUAUACAUGUUUGGCUGCUGCCUCUCUGUUGGAUGUGCUUUUUUUUUUUUUUUUUUUUUUUUGGCUUCUGGUAGACUUGUUUCAAUUCAAAUAACUAUUUGCCCCGUUUUUUUUCCUUCCCAAGAACAUAUGCAUAUUGCAAGUUUGUCUUCUUUUGUGUUUUUACAUCAAGUGUAUUAUUACUUAUGUUUGCAGGUUCAAGCAUCCCUCCUCUCCACCUCACUAUGUUGAACCUCAUGCGGGCUACCCACACCAGAAUCCCCCGCCUCCGCUUCUUUUCACAAUCCUCCGCUGCCGCUGCUCUUGUCGAAGAAACUCCAUCUGUAGCUCAGGAUAAUACCCAGGUCCGACUCACUUACCUAGAGGACUUCCCCAAGCCCGAUCCUAAGUAUGCAGAGACCAUCCUCGCCGUCCCUCGGGCUGCCUCUGGCUCCAACAUAUCAUCCAAAGAGCGGAAGGCAGGGCGCGUCCCCAGCAUCGUCUUUGAGCAGGAGGACGGCCAGCAUGGCGGCAAUAAGCGCUUAAUCUCCGUAAAAACCAAUCAGAUAAGAAAGCUCGUGAAUCAUCUAGGUCGUUCCUUCUUUCUCUCGCGCCUAUUUGAUCUUGAGGUGCGGCCAGAGUUGGCUUCCGAUGAGGUCAUUGAGAAAAUUAGGGUCCUGCCCAGAUUGCUUCAUCUGCAUGCUGGCACAGAUGCUCCACUCAAUGUUACCUUUAUUAGGGCACCUUCCCAUGCAUUGUUGAAGGUUGAUGUUCCUCUUGUGUAUAGAGGAGAAGAUGUGUCCCCUGGACUUAGGAAAGGUUCUUAUUUGAACGUUAUUAAGCGGACUGUCAAGUUUCUUUGCCCAGCUGAUAUCAUCCCUCCCUAUAUUGAUGUGGAUUUAAGUGAACUGGAUGUUGGCCAGAAGUUUUUAGCAAAAGACCUCAAGGUUCAUCCUGCUUUAAAGCUUAUUCGACCGGAAGAUGAGCCUAUUUGUAAGAUCAUGGGAGGGAGGGUUUCUGACCAGCAAAAGAAGUCUAAAUAAACAAUUACGGUCAGGUUUUGUUAGAGAUAAAUUUAAUUACGGUUAGGUUUUGUUAGAGAUAAAUCUUGGGGGCCGAUGAAUUGUUGUAGCAAUGUCAUAGCAGCGAAGAACAGCUCUCUAUGUAAUGUUGGAGUGACUUCUUUUCUUUCAUUUUUCUCAAUUAUCAAAGAGAAUCCCUUUUGUUCUGUCCUGUUUUAUAUUUUCUUCAUGUGUUAUGAUAAAGACAGAGACUCGAAUGUUUUUGUUUGGUUAAA